AUGUCGCCGCGCGAAGCGUUUUCGCUCCGUGCCUUGUCGCCGCUCUUCCGCAGGCGCCCUGCCUCAUCCUUUUCUGCCCGCUUCAGCGGCCUUCUUCCAGUCUGCGGCAGGCCCACCGCGAUGCUUCCUGCGUGGUCGACUCCGCUGCACGCUGCGCGCCGUUACACGAGUUCCCUUCCCCCGAGGUCUUCCACGCACGGUGGCACGUCUUCGUCCCGCGAUGCUGCCGAGGACGACGAUCCAGUGUUUUCCUUCGUGCUGCCGCACCGCACGAUGCCGCUAACGAAGCUGGCCAAACUGCUCCCGGAUGAGGUACUGGAGCAGUUAGAAAAUGGACUAAAGAGUCACCUGGAAAAAUUUCCCUCACGUUACCGUCUUCUUCGUGGAAAGAACUCGCUUCUCCAUGUCCAGUGCGAGGUGACUUCCGGCAAGGAAGGCAGUAAAGGGGCGAACCGAGGCGAGAAGGAGACGCCUCGUGACAAAGCGGCGGUAGCGUGCAUUCGAAAGUCACCAGGCCGGUUUAUGACUUUGGAGAGUCUCAUGAGCUGCACUCACGUGACGAGCCCUUUGCCGGGCGCUGCAUGUGUCGCCUCUCAUGGGGAGAAAGGGGAGGAGCAUAUUCACAUGUUGGAGCACUUUUUCCGUGAACAUGUGCGCCCAGUGGGACACGCGGAGCUAUGGGUACUCACAGAAGAAUACACCCUCGUCAACUCACCAUCUUCAUCAUCCGCAGCAGCGGCAACAAAAGAAGCGGCAGCAAUUGGGCCUGAGGAAACGGCAUCCGCCGACAUCGAGAAGACAGGGGCGGCGGGAGAAAAAGCGGUGCUUCAGGCGUUUCGUUGGGUCCAAGUUGCCGAUGAGAGUAGCUUAGAUGAGGUUAAGGAAGUGUUGCGCGGCGAGACUCGUCGCGAUGUACUGGGAAAAGGUAUGGAUGGGAAAGCAGCUCCGCGCGGCGAUGCUUCCUCGGUGACCGCUUUUACAAGGAGCUCGUCUUUCGUUCGCUUCUGCGUUCCCAGUGUGUCUUCCACGAGGGGGGGUGCCACGCUGGCGCCGCAUAAUGUUGAGAGCUUAGUUGAGGAUUACAAUCUCUACCGCAUGUGCCGUGCGCUGCGCACAAGCACGUUCAUGCGGCUCCCAGAGUUGCAGGAUAUCGUGGGCGAGUGGCUGACGCAGCCUUUAGCGGUUGUUCUGGCCAUUGCAGGUGAGGAGAGCAGCAAGGCCGAAGGGUUGAAAGAUGCGGACGCAGGACGCUCCUUGUUGAACUUUGAGCGUGACCCCAGCGACCCCGCUCGCAUUAUUGGGGUGCGUUUCUGGCUUGACGAGGAGCGCUACUUGCCGUCGCUGUACCGCAGUGCGUCGCUCACCGAGCUGGAGAAGGCGCUUGCUGAGGUUGGGACCACAAGGGGUAAGAGUCUGAGCAAACUCCCCAAUCAUCUGCGCGUGCGGGUUAUCGACACAACACGUCUGUUAAAGCGCUGCAUUGCACUGCGCGAGUUGGGUGCGAGUCCCCUGUGUCACCCGGAUGUGCUGGCGUACUACGUCUUUGACAUCCUUCCCUUGGAUGGCCAGCUGCUUCUCACCGGCCACUUGCCGCAGUUGCUCCCAGAAAGUGUACGGCGCAUCACGGAUGCGCGCUCGCGUGCGUGGUUGAAGGGCUACCCUCACCUCUUCCGCUUGGUGGAGAUCCCCCCACAGGUGUACGUCCAACGGAUGGACGCCCCCGCCCCGGACGGCGAGGAGGACCACACGAUGGAUUGCUCCCAGCAAGCUCAGGAGGAAGACAAGGACACUGCAAGGAGUUCCUCCCGGACAACGCAUGACUAUAAAGACCAGCUUCUAAAUGACCCUGAGGAGCAGCUUCGCUUGUUAGUUUCCAUCGUGGCGGCGCGGUUGGAGGUCUGCGGAGCGCGGAAGCUGCUCCCCUCGCACAUACCGAAAUUCAUCAGCAGCAAAGUGCGGCGCAAAAUGUUUCCUCGGGGAUCAGGCGGCAUUACAGAAUACCUCAGGCGGCACCCAGACGUGUUUAUUCUCACAAGUGGGAUUCACCCGCAUGAGCCAGUGGUCACACUAGCUCCCAAAUAUCACCCCAGUCCUCAUUCGCCGCCCACAAACCCCACCGCUGAAACCAACACGGCAGAUGGCACAAAAGAGGGAGAAUAA